CUCGGCACAAAUAUUUUUUUCUUCAUAAUGUAUUGUGUGGAUAAUCGAUACCAGCGAUCACUCACUUACUUUGUGGUGCUUACAGUUUUAGAAGAACUGGUAUUGGCGUUCAAAUACCUUAAUCUUCUUUAUAUUAUGAUUUUCUAUCUACAUGCCCGCACAGAAAGAGAAUGAAGUCAUACUUUUCAUAGGGUGUGUUCUGGCAGUCAAAGGUAUCCGUAAGAAAUCCAACAUAGCGUUCAUCGACGAUUUGCUCAUGUUCGGUCGAGUUGCCAAUGUUGUUCUACUGGUCAUGCUCUCCACGGCACUGGCAGUCGCGUACACGCUAUUCCUCCUGGGGCUCUUCGUGGUGGUACCAUUCCCACCGUAUGUUGGCAAUUCCAAUUACAAAUAUUUGUCGAUGCCGGCAUUGAAAGCAGCGUUACAAGAGACCCAGAAAGAUACAGAAAGCAAGACAUCAGUGGAGACUGUGUGGGUGGUACUUUUCUUCGCCACUUGGUCAUCAUUGUGUGUAGAAGCUGCCGAGGGAUUUUCUGACCUGUCGUAUUACUACAGUGGGGCUACCAAGCAAGCUGAUGUCAAGUUCGGCAAGGUCGACGUGGGCCGACAGCCGGUUGCUGCGAAGAAAUUCAAUAUUGAUACGUCAGCAUCGUCUAAAAACCUGCCAACCAUUGUCGUAUUCCGAGAGGGCAAAGAAGCUUUCCGCAUUCCCGAGCCAGGUAAUCCACCAUACACGUGCGAUCAUCCUGACGAACUCGCGGUUACGUUGGGACUUAAUGACAUAAGGGGUGCUAGUAGUGGGGGUAAGACAGACGCACAGAAGAAAGAGGAGUGAACGCAUUGUUCAGCUAUACACAGAUGAUGGCGGCUAGUUGCGCGAGAUGCAUUGUCAAACCAGUCAUCACAAUGUGCUUUCAUUAGCGGAGCGUAGUAAUGCACACCAGAAACAUAAGUUGCAAAUUUAAAACUUGCAAGAGCCAAAUGUACGGAUGUUCUUCGGCAUGAAACGUACUGUUUCCUCCUCCGCAAAAGUAUACAUUCGCAAUAGGAGUAUCGAUUAACAAGCGAGUACAGCGUACCAAGCUGACAAUCGCCCGAGGCUUCGCAAAACUUGUGUUGAAUACUGGCCGAAGGCUACAAGCGAAUUGUAGUGAGCAUUUAGAAUGGGUCACAUAUAGAUGAACAGAUCGGACUGCGGUACGGGACAUGGUCGGGAUUCAGCUAAAGUAAUUUCUUUGAUGAAGUGUGUGGGACAUGAAAUUUAGAAAGAGAAGAUAGGAUGGUUCCCCCAAAAAGCACGAUGGUCGGGAUCGAAACAGUUAGAUCCAGUGAAAGUAUGCCGAUUUAUAGGAGAUUCAGCUCAUACUCAUUUAUAAGUACCCGACGUUUUUCCAAAGUGGAUGAUCGCAUACACCCCGGACAACAGUAGUGGGCGAUAGUCGUGUGUGUUAAUUAUGACAAAGGACCUUUAGUACAAGAAGCAUCAUGUCUUAGAGCAUCAUGACUGAAACAGAGACGCACUGCUGCGGAAAGAGAGCAAUGAAACCGACUCGGGGCUACACAAAUAAAAAU